AUGAAAACUGAAGUGGAGAAGAAGAAAGAAAGUCCUUCUGUUGGUGUUUCCGGGCGUAAAAUCAUCUAUGAUAAAGAUGGUAAACCAUGUCGUACAUGCAAUACACUUCAAGACUUUCAAUUUGCAACACAGGGGGGAAGUGUGGCACCUACAUUCAAUGUGAAGAAGCCAUUGAAGAAGAACCACCCUGAUACAACAAGUACUGAUACAGUUGCUGGUGGGUAUACUAAAGAUCAACCUCCGGAUGUUGAACAAUUAGGUAAAUCUUCAUGGACUUUACUCCAUUCUGUUGCUGCUACUUAUCCUGAAACACCUACUUCAAAACAGCAAGCAGAUAUGAAACAAUUCAUUCUGUUAUUUGGAAAUUUCUAUCCAUGUUGGUUCUGUGGGAAAGAUUUCCAAGAGUACAUUGAAGCCAAUGAAGUACAAACUGCUACUCAAGAUGACCUUGGAAAAUGGCUCUGUAUUGCUCACAAUGCGGUUAACAAAAAAAUAGGCAAGGCCGAAUUCGAUUGUAACCUAUGGAAACAAAGAUGGAAAGACGGUUGGGAGAAAUGA